UCUAUGAUUGUACUUGUCAGACUAUUCUGCUAGUAUUUAGAUUUUGAUAGAAAUUUUUCUUAUUUAAUUUUUUUCCAACAGGUUGUUGGAUUGUAUAUGUCUUAAUAAUGGAAGUUUUGUGAAGAGAUUAAUAUUUUCGGUGAUGUAGAUUUCAGUAUAAUAUUGCUAUUAAAUUGAUGGUUAAUUGAGGUUAAGUUUGGCCUGCUUAGUUCUUUUUUUGGAUUAAAAAAAUAGUAAUAGAAUAGAAAAGAAGGUACAAAAUAAUCAGUUUUUUUUUGUUUAUAGGAAAUUACCGUAUUUUGCUAGCAUGGAUGUGAUAAAUAAGCUAUACUCGACGGUCAGCAGUACUGUGUCGCAGUUGUCGAGUGUUCUUCCCGGAAACCCUGUCACGAGAGAAUUCGAAGCCAUUAGUCAUGUUGCUAGUGCGGGUCCAGGCUUGCAGUGGAAGGUGUACCGCGGCUUCAAGAAGUCCACGAAGCAGGACGCGUCCAUCUUCGUGCUGGAGAAGCGGCAGCUGGAGCGCUGGCCGCGCGGGGAGCGCGAGGCCGUGCUGGAGGCGCUGAGGCGCGGCGCGGUGCAGCUCACCAAGCUGCGCCACCCGCAGAUCCUCACUGUGCAGCACCCCUUGGAGGAGUCCAGAGAAUCCUUGGCGUUCGCCACGGAGCCGGUGUUCGCAAGCCUCGCCAACAUCCUAGGGGCGACGGAGAACAUGCCGUCCCCUCUGCCCCCGCAGCUCCACAAGUACAAGCUGUUUGAAGUCGAGAUCAAGUACGGCCUCUUGCAGAUAGGCGAGGGCCUGGCCUUCCUGCACCACGACGUGAGGCUGCUGCACCACAACGUGUGCCCGGAGGCGGUCGUGGUGAACCAGCAGGGCGCCUGGAAGCUCUUCGGCUUCGACUUCUGCCAGCACGCCCAGAGCAGCCAGGAGGCCGAGUUUAGUUUUACGUCCCGACCGAGCGCACAUGUCGGAGCAGGGGCUGAAGAGACGCGAGCGUGCUUGCAGCCGUACUGGCCGUUUGUGGAGUACUCGCCGGCGGUCCCGGCGCUCGCCCAGCCGCGGCUGGCGUUCCUCGCGCCGGAGUACGCGCUCACCAUGAGCCACUCCCCCGCCAGCGACAUCUUCUCCCUGGGCGCGCUCAUCCACUGCGUGUUCUCCGAGGGCCGGCUGCUGCACGACUGCGACGGCGACUGGGCGGCCUUCAAGCGGCGCGCGUGCGAGCUGAAGACGGGCGUGCCGAGCCGCGAGCUGCAGGCCGUCGCCGAGGGCCUGCGCGAGUGCGUCAAGAUGAUGCUGAACGCCACGCCCGACCUGCGACCCGACGCCCACCAGUUCAUCAAGGUGGAGUACUUCGAGGACGUGGGGGUGAAGACCCUCAACUACCUGGACUCGCUGUUCCAGUGGGACAACCUGCAGAAGUCGCAGUUCUACAAGGGCCUGCCGCAAGUGCUGCAGAACCUCCCGCACAGAGUGUGCGUCUUCAGGGUGCUGCCGUGCCUGGUGAAGGAGUUUGUGAACCCCACGAUGGUCCCCUUCGUGCUGCCGAACGUCCUGCUGGUCGCUGAGAACUGCUCGAAGGAGGAGUUCACGGCACACGUGCUCCCCCACUUGAAGCCCGUCAUGAAGUUGCAGGAGCCGAUCCAGGUGCUGCUGAUCUUCAUGCAGAAGAUGGAGCUGCUGCUGAAGCUGACCCCCGCCGCGGACAUCAGGACGGACGUGCUGCCCAUGCUGUACCGCGCCCUCGACUCCGACGCGCAGCAGAUACACGAGCUGUGCCUGUCCGUGCUGCCCACCUUCGCGGGGCUCGUCGACUACCCGGCCAUGAAGAACUCCUUGCUGCCCCGCAUCAAGCGCCUCUGCAAGGAGACGUCGUACAUCUCCGUGCGGGUGAACUGCCUGGUGUGCCUGGGCAAGCUGCUGGAGCACCUGGACAAGUGGCUGGUGCUGGACGAGGUGCUGCCCUUCCUGCCGCAGAUCCCGUCGCGCGAGCCCGCCGUGCUCAUGGGCAUCCUGGGCAUCUACAAGCUGGCGCUCACGCACAAGAAGCUGGGCAUCACGAAGGAGGUGAUGGCGACCAAGGUGCUGCCCUUCCUCAUGCCGCUGAGCAUCGAGAACGGCCUGACGCUGAACCAGUUCAACGCGCUCAUGGCGCUCAUCAAGGACAUGGUGGGGCGGGUGGAGGCCGACCACCGCGCCAAGCUGCAGCAGCUCAACUCCAUUCAGCAGGAGAGCAGGACGGUCGCGAUGCCGGCGGUGCCCUCUCACCUGCUGGUCGCGGCUCCGCAGCCGGAGUCGGAGAUGGACCAGAUGUUCAGCGGGCUGGGCCUGGACGGCUUCAUCGGGAACGGAGUCUCCCCCACCGCCCCCGGCCCGCCCCCUGGGGCCGUGGCUGCCUCUGCUCCCGCCUCCGGCACACUCAGCAUGCAGGAGAAGCAGCGCCUCGUGAGGCAGCAGGAGGCCCAGCGGCGCCUCACGUCGCAGCCCACGCCCAGCCCGGUGACCCCAGUCAGCCCGGUGACCCCGGCGAGUCGGGCGCCUCCCAGGGACCUCACAUCCUCGCUCAUCGAGACGCAGCUGAGCCAGAUGAAGCUCUCCCCGCGCCCCCCGCCGCCCACCUGGGGCGCCGCCCCCUCGCCGGCCGCGUGGCAGCCCGCCCAGGGCUUCAGGGCGUUCCAGCAGGCGCCCCAGCCGCGGUGGGGGGCCCCGCGGCCCUCGUACGGGCCCCUGGACGCCCUGCUGCCCGCCCCCGCCGAGGUGGCCACGGGCCCCAGGCAGCCCCUCCUGCCCGCCAAGCCCCUGUCGGCCUCCGAGAUCAAGGACCUGCUGAGCUAGCCAGGCGGCCGGGAAUCUCUCCAGUUUACUGAACCUGAAGGCUUCUAAACCACGUUUACUAAACAUCCCAUUCUCGGAUGUAACACCUACCCACUUUCGACAAGAACUUGUGUUCCGCUUUGUUCCAAUGUUUACCUGAUUACUACAGUGGGACUCAUACAAGGUUCUUUCGAUAAACCAAUGUUAGGUUGGUAAUUUUACAUUUUUUUAAACUUAUUGAUUUUAUGUGAUGUUCAAGCUGGUUUCGUUUAAGUGUUGUUGAUUGUAAACAAAUAGUUUUGGGUCAAUUCCAAUGCCAGUUUCAAUUUUCAUAUUUCAGAUUUGCUUCUGAUUCAUUUUCUGAUUAGUAUAUCAUAUAAUACUUCUUACUUCUAAAGAUGUUUAUCGCACCUGUUUGUACUUUUAAAAAUCAUAUUUAAUUUUUAAAAUUUUAAUUUUAUUUACCAAUGAUAGGCAUAAAGAAAGAUAAGGCAACAUGAUUUCAGUGUAUUUAUUGAAAUUUAUUGCAAUACUGUGACUUUAGUACAUAAUAAUGUUAAAUGGAUAGACCUUGUUACUGCCAAAUUUUUAAAUAUGAAAAAUGUAUUGUUUAUAGAUUGUUCACUGUACUUGAUUUAAAUGAUUUGCAAUAAUUGAACUGUUUCCAUCCAAUAAUAUUCUAUCCGCUUUUAUCAAAUGAGAAUUGAUUAAUUAUUAAGUUCACCUAUAAUUGGAUAUAUUCUUUACUGAUUAAUCAUAAACUUGAUUUUAUAUAUUAGAAUUCUAAUUAAACCCUUAUUAACUGAACAAAAUUCUUAUUUAAUCAAUCAAGACUCCUAUUAAAAUGGCAUAAUACCCUACUAUUGAAAAGACAAUUGAUUAAGAUCCUGAAUAAUCAAUUAGCACAUGAUUGAUUGGACAAAAAAUCCUCUAAAAGGUGUUGACGAGUUCACUUUGGUACCUCUAAUAAAACUAGAUACUUCAAAUUCUAAAAUUACGCUAUAGGCAAUUAAUUGACUAGCUUUGAUUCCAAAAUUAUUGAAGUGUGAAUCCUUCCUGGAAUGUGAUUGGCAUCAGGGGCAUAGGAAUCGACGCAACACUACCUGCAUACAAUAAGUAUGUAACUAUUGCUAGAAUGUGUUGGUUUUUUUUGUGUUCAAUUCAGUUCAGUUCUCUUCUCUUCUCGAGCUAGUGUCUGAAAAAAUAAAGAUUGCACCACGGGAAGUAAGAAGUUACAUUUUAUUUAAAAUUAUUGCUAGGUAGUUAGUAUACUUUGAUGAAAAUAUUGCAAGAUCAAUUCUUUUAAGUACAUACUAUUGAUCUCAGCACGAUUUGCUGUCAGAACCAAAUUGAUUGUUAUGCAUUAGGUGUGAUGCAGAAAAUAAUUAUUUUCUGCAACUAUUUUAGACAACAAUCUACACAGUGUAAGGAUUCAUGAAAGUGGUUGGAAUGUUUGGCAUUUGAACAGUUCACUAAUUCCUCUUUUUGAACCUCUAGUCGCACUUACCAGUUUAUGCUGGCUCAAGUGAUUUGUGUAUGUCAUUUGUUGUAAUAUUAAAAAAUUAAUACCAUAAAUCAGUGCAUCACCUUUUACAUGUAAAGUUUGUUACAAUGCAUUCCAUUAAUUUAUUUGUAAAUACUACCUAUAUAUCUUGUAUCCGCUGUACAUUUGUAAUAUUCCCAUGUAAAUUGUAAUGUCUUAUGUGAAUCUUUUUGAUGUAUUCAUACUUAAAUAAACUUUCUAUGUUUUGUU